CAUGAUAAAAAAAAGGUGUUGACAGAAACACACAAAGUGUAGUGGACACCAGCAAGGUUGUGUCGUGAUGUUUGGGCUGGCAGCGUUGUGUCUCGCUCUUCUGCAAUGUGGAGUUGAAGGUUUUACYAUUUUUCCUGGAAAUGCUUUAAAUCACCAAAAGAUCACGGAGAGAGCCAUCCUGGAGUUCACAGUGCAGGUGUGUCGCUCUUUGGCUCUGGCUGAGGGGAAGAGCUUCGCUUCUCCAUCCCAGCCUUUUACAGCUAAGAUGGUCAUCGCUUCUUGUGAAGCGCACAAAUCUUCCAAGAGCUUUUACGAAUCCAUCACCCAGAUCAAAACUUAUAACUGGUUAACAGACAUCCGCCAUUUCUUCAACCCACCCUUUCACUUCGACGAUGAGUCGUUUGGAGAAGGAAGAAACCUCAUCACAGAUGGACUGUUUGCUGUUAAAGCUGCUAACAAGGAAGGCAACUAUUUGUCAGCAUUAACAAACCUGGGAGGGAUUUUACACACCUUACAGGAUUUCUACAGUCACAGUAACUGGGUGGAAAUGGGCAACAAACUUGUGAACUCUAACCUGAUCAGAGCGAACACUAACAUCGGAAACAUAGCAGACGUACACAGAGCCACGUGUCGCAGCUGUGUUGGAGUCGACUGCUCUGACAACAUUUUGCACGACAUCCUCCAGGAGCAGAUACUCACGUCAGGAUACGCAGCACUUCUCUCCCCUUGGAAACCCAAAGGAAAAUGCAGCCAUGGUGGUUUACUUGAUUCAACACGUAACACCGAGCCUACAGGUGGGAUCAACAAAGACAAGUUCACCUCUGAACACGGACAUCUCCACAGUCAAGCAGCAAACAUGGCGAUAGCUGCAACCAGCGAGCUGCUGGAAGACGUUCGAGGGGCUGCUGGGGACAGACAAUUCCUUCAGAUGAUGGGAAUGUUCAGUGGGUCCAGUAAAGCCCUUUGUUUUGUGGUUGACAUGAAGAGAAGUGUGGGUGAAGAGAUCGAAGCAGUGAAGACGGCCACGUCGUCAGUAAUUGACAGAAAAGUUGAAACACUUGACGAGCCCUCAGCUUAUAUUCUGGUUUCCCUCAGUGAUCCCAAUUUUGGACCAAUGAUAAGAACCACAGACUCUGAUGCGUUCAAGGCUUACAUUAACUCACUCUCAGCAGCCGGAGGAGAUUCUCCAACAGCUAGCCUUUCAGGACUGCAGCUGGCUUUAACCGGCUCGCCUUCAAACUCUGAGAUCUUCCUCUUCACCGACACAGCUGUGAGAAAUGAAAACAUGAAAAACACGGUGAUCGCACUCAUWGAGCAGACAAGAUCAGUGGUCAACUUUGUGGUAACUGAGACAAAACAAGAUCCUCAGCUGUACAGGGACCUGGCUCAUGCUUCAGGAGGUCAGGUGAUUGAAAUCAGCAAAGCUCAGGUGCUGGAGGCCACCAGCAUMAUAACAAAGUCUUCAAGCUCCUCUCUGGUGACUCUUCUACAAGCAACCAGGAGUUCUGGAAAGUCUGAAAACUUCACUUUUGUAGUUGAUGAGUCAAUAACAAACCUGGCAGUUUUUAUCACCGGGACUUCUGUUGAUGUUUCACUCACUGAUCCCUCAGGUGUGAUUAUAAAUAAUACGACACAACAAUCAUCUGUCAUUUCGUCCCAGUUCAUUGGAAACUUUCAGACUCUGUGGCUCCAAACACAAGUGGGAAUGUGGGAAAUAAGAAUUGUGUCAACAAAUCCCUACAGUCUGAAGGUUGUAGGCGAGAGCCAGAUCGACUUUUUGUUUGACUUUGUGAAGGAGUUGCAAAGCCCCCCUGGAGGGUUUGAUCUGAUAAACAAUCGUCCCCCAGCUGGUCGUGGUGCCAAACUGAUGGUCAUGCUAACUGGGAGUGACUCUGCCACGGUGACAGAGGUCACUCUGGUUGAGUCGUCAGGUUCAGGUCGGGCUAACGGCAGCGUGGAGGAGUAUGAUGACGGAGAAUUCAUCGUCCGAUUUCAGGAGAUUCCAGCRUUUGAGUUUACGGUUCUUGUGAAGGGACAGAACAACAACCAGGACUCUGGGAUCUUCCAAAGACAGUCCACCACCAACCUGAGAGCUUCUUCUCUCACUGUUUCUGCUGGGGAUUCAAAUUUGAUCUUAGAACCAGGAACAACUCAAUGUGUUCCUUUCUCGGUUUUAACCUUCAGAGGAGAUGGAAACUUCACCAUCCAAGCMUUUAAUGAUCAAAGCUUCCCAUUAACUUUCCCAUCCAGUUUAAACCUGGAUGMUGGAGGCAGUGCUAAURGUACUGUUAACAUCACAGCACCUGCUGACACUCCUUCUGGUACYGGYGUCACCCUGACCAUCCAGGCUUUGGCUCCAGGAGGAGCAGACACCAACUAUGCUGUGCUGCGGUUCACCGUCCUCCAAAAGGUGACUGAUUUCACCCCGCCAGUCUGUCAGCUGCAGAAUCUGCAGUCCAGCUGCUCUGACAGCUGCAGCCAGGRAACAUGGGAGCUGUUUGUCCUGGUGACCGACAGCGCUGACGGUUCUGGAGUGGAUCGUGUCAGCCUCAGACAAGGCAGCGGCACCUUACAAACCACCACCGCAUCCCAGAACCAGAACAUAACUCUGGUUUCAUACAGAGCGUCCUGCUGCUCACCUGAUGUGCAGCUGGUGGUUGUGGAUCAGGCGGGCAACGUGGAGGUUUGCAGCUACUCUGUUCACAAAACAGCAGGACCUGUUGCAUCUUCUUCUACCAGAGCUUUUCAGGCGCUUUUGUUUUGCUUCUGCAUCUCCGUCCUGGGGCUCAGUUUAUCAUCGGARAUAGAAAUCAACUAACCAUUACAUGAGUUGUGACAUAGAGUUUCUGUUAGAAAAUAAUGCUAGCUUUUUACUAUUUUUGUUUAGUAGUAUUGCAGCUCUGAACCCUUCUUUUUAACAAAGAGAUGAACAGAAUUAUCAGAUAAACCAUUUCUAUGCAUAAACAUGAAGAUAAUUACUGCAGAAUACUGUUUGUGAAACGCACAGAUGUGUUUUACAAGUUUAACCUGCCUGCAGUUAGAAGAUCAUCAUAGUGCAGACAGAUAAAAGACACAACUUUUCUUAUGCGGCCCAUUGUAGGAUUCCUGGGGGAAAAAAAUUCUUUCAUGUUUCUUGUCAACAAUCAGUGCAAAUAUGUGAAAGCCUUUUAGCUUCUCUUCAAUGUUAGGAAUGAAAAACAUGCAAUAUUUAAACUGUGGUUUCAGAGARAUAAAGAUUGGAACAAA